CCAAUCCGUUUGGGCCCCUGAUCACGCGGCACUCUGCGGAAGUGACGCGUCGCACUCCAAAGAGUUCAGCAUCUGGGAGCAAAACAGCAGCCAGCUUCAUUUGAGUUGCCAUCGGGUGUCGAAAGAAUCCUCAUUCGCACACGCCAAUAACAUCUACCAGAUUUGGUGGCCAUAAUGAAUCCAGUGUACAGCCCUGCACCAACAGGGGUCCCCUUCACCAAUUCCAAGGGUCUAGGCUAUCCAGCUGGCUUCCCUGUUGGCUACGCAACAGCCGCCCCGGCAUACACUCCUAAUGUCUACCAAGGAGCAAAUCCAGCCUUCUCAAGUGGUUACGCCCCCGGGGCUCCAUUCAAAAUGUCCUGUUCCCCAAACACCGGGACCGUCCCGCCGUACUCAUCCUCCCCUAACCCCUACCAAGCUGCUGUAUACCCAGUAAGGAGCACCUACCCCCAACAUAACCCUUAUGCACAGGCGCUGAUACCGUCACAACAGCAAGGUACUUACUUCACGCAGCCGCUGUACGCGGCGCCGCCUCACGUGAUCCAUCACACAACAGUUGUCCAGCCCAACGGGAUGCCCGCGGCCAUGUAUGCCCCGUCCAUCCCUCCUCCCCGCAACAAUGGCGUUGCCAUGGGGAUGGUAGCCGGUACCACUAUGGCCAUGUCAGCUGGAACUCUGCUGUCAACUCCCUCACCAGCGCCCGCCGCUCUCGCCCCGCACCCCGUCACUGUGCCCACAUAUCGCCCCGCUGGCACGCACAGCUACAGCUACGUGCCCCCGCAGUGGUGAAGUCCAACCAGAGUGAGGUGUAUGAUAUGCAUUCACACUCCACUCCAGUGUUUUUUUUUUUUUUUUUUAUUAUUUUUGCUAGCGGCGGUGGAGCGACUCUGCCGGCAUCUGCAACCAGUUUGUCUUCUUCCAGUAUAAUGUGAAUCUGAAUCCAUGUAGGUCCAUUAGGAUAGGGAGAGGGAUGGAGGCCGUCUAUCCUCGCGUCUUAAUGGAAUUAGGCUUCAUUCCACGCCGCACCCCUACAAGCCUGCUGCAUAUCUCGCAUCCAACCGGCCCAAACUUCCAUGCAAAUGUUCAUGCGGGCUGUCAUGCAGAAUCUUACAGUUUUAACUAGCUUGUGGUCAAAUUGGAGUAUGGAGUAGUUUGUCCCCCACCCGCCUAUUUCGGAGACGCGUCCGACGUCGAGUGCAUGUUCUCUAUGUUGAUAUGUCAAGUAACGCUAGCGCAAUCGAUCUGCCGUGACAGAUGCAAACUCCUUGAAAAGGAACACAUCCAAAGGACGGUAAAAAGUAAUAAAUCUCCAACGCUGACUUGCCAGUCACCCCAUCUUAAAUGUGAAACAAGAAGAGAAGUGUUCUUGCAAAAAAAAUAAAAUAAAUAAUAAUAACUGCUAAGCUGCACCGUUAUGUGCAGGACCACCUGUUCUGUUUUCACAGCUUUGUGUUCGAUGAAGGUGACCUCGUUCCUUUGAUCUUCUUUCUUUCAGUGAUGCAAUAUGUGCAUUGUGUUUUACGGUGAGCGCAUUCCGGGGAACGCGUGGGACUUUGAGGCUCGCGCCGAGUGCCGUUCCAACUCGGGCCGAGGCGGUUUUGGUGAUGUUAGCGGGAGGAGAAUUGAUCUGUUUUAGCCACGCCGCCCAUUAAUACAUUGGAUGCACAGGAACUAUGUUGUGUGUGUGUGUGUCUGAAAUCGGAGACUAUAAGAAAUUGUCAUCCACGUCAUUCUCUCAAUUUUGUUCUUAAAGUUCUUAAACGCUACACCACUGCUAACUACUAAAGUGAAAGUAAUAAGCGUUAUUAUUAAAUUCCAUUUGUGAAUAGCACUACUGAUGGAGAGCACUAAGUAAUUCCAAGCCGUUUUUGACAUUACUGUACUUGCAGUGUCAGCAUCGGGCUGACUCGUCAAAAUUAAUGUCUCAUACUGGCUUUACUUAAGAUGUCACCUCAGUCACUUGUGUUCGAGUAAUCUGUUUUGUACAUGUUAUUUUGGUUCUUGUUUUGUAUUCUAAAGAAAAAAUUAAAAAAGGAAUAUGAGAAUAAACUUGCUUUUUUUUUUUUUCAUAA